AUGGGUUGCAGUCAUUCCCGAUAUGAGCGCGAGAUGGAGUCUCGUCCCGUCCGCCCCGUCACCAUCUCCGACCCCAUGGGUGGCCCCGUCAUGAUCCCUCCAAUGUUUCGUGACGAGACGGGACGUCCCAUCCAGUAUGAGGCUUCGAGCCUGAGCCGAAAACAAAUCAUCCAUGCUUUCGAGCACAUGGCCGAGUACCUUGACGAGUGCGGUAUCGAAACAAACGUCGUCGUCGUUGGCGGUGCCGUCAACACAGUCUACCUCGGCUCAAGGGAAUCAACACAUGAUGUCGACUUCUUCCUCGAGGAUCCCGCCUCAAAAGAAUACAUGUCCCUCGAUAAUGCCGCCAAGUUUGCCAACCGCCAGGCCGAAGGGCGCCUCGGCGAGGAGUGGUUCAACAACUCCACACAACUCUUUAUGGCACGGGACGUCCAGACUUCCCUCGUAUGGCAAGCCAAGCAACAGAAUGCCGUCGUCUUCGAGAAGCGAGGGACCAAGGGCGGCUUGAAAGUCUAUGCCGCCCCCUGGACAUACGCCCUAUGCAGCAAGCUUAACCGUCUCUGCGAAAUCAACCCCAGAUCAUACGACAUGGACGACGCUGUUGUCUAUCUCCAUCGGCAUCUCACCCUCACCGCUGAGACCUAUGUCAAGUUCCAGGAACUGUACGAUUGGUGCCGGUGGUAUAAUCAUGAUGUGCGACGGGAGAUUCUGAAGCAGCUGGACGACAAGUACUUCCAGAGCUACGGCUAUAGGCCCAUUGUCUGGAACUGA